AUGCUUAGACUCGCCCCCAGAAAGACCGCUGUCGCCUCCACAUCCAGAUUCUUCUCAACUUGCCUGCGGUUACGUCAAACUGCUGUCGACACCGACAAGGAGGCCCGUGUUGCCGAGAUUCUUUCCAACCAGGCCCCCAACCGCCAUGACACUUGGGCUCCUUCGCAAAAGCCCCGUGCUGAGGCUCUCUCUGGUGUCCGUAUUGUUCAGCGCGACAUUGAGCUGCAGCCCCGCCCUUAUGCCGGUAUUGAACUGAUUGCCCAGAAGCCUAUCGAGUACUUGAGUGGCCACGACAAUAUUGCCGUCUGUGACGGUGGUAGAGGCGUCCAGGGUCACCCCAAGAUCUUUAUCAACCUCGAUAAGCCCGGUGCUCACCCAUGCCAGUACUGCGGUACCAGAUAUGCCCACGAGAAAUACAAAGCUGGCAUUGAGUCUGGUGAAUUUCCAAACAAUGUCAAGUCCUAA